UGCAGUUUCAUCUAGAGUUUUGUUCUGUUCAUACUUAGUCCAGUGUCUUUCCUAAAAUGGAAUAUAAAAUGUUUGAAACUUCAUCCAAGAUGUCUUCAUUUCCAGCUGUCAAUGAAGAACAGCCUCAGAAUGUUCAAAAUCCAACAAUUAUCAUCCAAAAUCCAGCUGUUGCAACAUCAAUAAUUGUUCAUCAAAAAUUCGGAAGAUAUUCGAUCGUUAUGACUUGUCCAUUUUGCAAGACAACAAUUAAAACAAUCGUCAAAAAAGUUCAUCCAUUUUGGGAUUUAAUUUGCUGUCUUUGCUGUUUUGGUACUUGGUCAUGCAAGGAAAAGAAUCACAUCUGUGAACACUGUGGAACUUAUCUUGGAAUGUGCAGCAAUUUAAAUAGUGAUUUUGAAGUGACAAGUCAAAAAAUUAAUAAAAUGAGUAAACUUUUACAAAAUAUGCCGUUGCCAUCUUUACCGUCAAUUCAUCAAAACGAGACGGCAUUUUCUAAUCCUAUGCCACCUUCAAAUAAUUCCAUUGGAAUGUUGCCAGUAAGUACGAUAAUUAUGGUCGAUACAAAACUCAGAAGAUAUCCAAUUGUCAUGAAUUGUCCAUUUUGUAAAGAAGUAAUCAAAACUAGCGUCGAAAAAGUUCAUCCAUGCUGUGACUUAUUCUGUUGUUUUUGCUUUGGGAUGAGAUGCAAGAAAAGACACCAGUAA